UACUUUUUCUGAUGGUUUUUGCAGUUUUCCCCCAUUUCUUCAGAAGAGGGAUGUCUGGUGUGUUGUGAAACUCUUUCUUUCUCUCUCUCAGAGUCAUGGAAAAGGAUUUUUCAGAGAUGGAUUUCCAUAGCAUGAAAAGGAAAGAGCUUCAAUCACUCUGCAAGAAGCACAACCUCCCUUCAACUUCCACAAAUCAGGCCAUGGUUUUCGCACUUUCAUCCCUUCUCAAGAUGGAUGGGAAGGUCAAAACAGGAGGUUCAUCUCGCUUGAAGCGUUCUCCCAAAGCUGCGGUGGCAAUCCCUAAUUAUAUUAAGCUUAAGAAAGUCAGAUUUGAAGCUUCACCCAGAAACCGAAUUGGUAGAAAUUCUCCCAGGAGCAGAGAUACGGCCAGAAGAGCAUCAACAAUCAAGCCUGCAGCUGAGGUAAAUGAUAUGAAGAGUAAAGGUAGUGGAAUUACCGAUGAGAUUGGGGCAGUUACGGUUCGGACUACAAGGUCUCGUGCUGGACAAUCGUCAGAAUCUGCGAGGGUAGCUAUAUCCCCUCUUGUUAAGAAGAAGACCUUAAAACGGGCGAAAGCUGAAAUUGAUGUGGUUGAGACUGUUAGGAAUGUUGACGUGAUAGUUACUGGAGAUAGAGUUCCCGUCACCAGAUCUCUGAGAUCUAGGAAGGUUUUUGUUGUGGAAGAAAACCCCAAAUCAAAAAAUCCUGUGGGGCUUGAUCAGAAGAGUCCGAUUAAGACAAGGAAGAGGGCUGCCAGUGAAGAUGGUUUUCCAAACAAUUUGGUGCAAACGAGAUCACGGAAACAGGGAAAUGACAAUCCUGUUCAUGGUGAAAAAAUCAUGACUGAAACACGAGCUGGCAAAAAGGGUUCGAUACAAUCCAAGCAGAAUGCUCCAGCACGCAAUGAAAUGGUUACGGAGAAGAGCCCUGAAUUGAAAAGUUCAGGAGGGCGUGAUGUUGAUAGCCGUAAAUAUAUUAAGAGUCCACGAAAGACAAGGAGCAUGGUGGGUAGUGAAAGCUUGAAAAGGUCACGGGGGCUUGAUGUCAGUGACCGUAAAUAUGAUAAGAGCCCAAGAAAGACAAGGAGUACAGUAGUUAUUGAAAGCUUGAAGAAGGAUGAGGAGGUUGGUGGAGAAGUUGGUCCCCCGAAGAACUCAAUACGGACAAGAUCAAAGAAGCAGAUAAGUUCACAGGGGCUUGAUGUUAACGUCCAGGGAUAUUAUAAGAGUCCGAGAAAGACGAGGGGUACAUCUGUGAGUGAAAGCUUGAAGACUGAUGGGGAGGUUGUCAGAGAAGUUGGUCCCUCAAAGAAAUCAAGGUGGACAAGAUCACUGAAGCGGGAAAAUGAUAACAAGACGGAGAGUGGGAAGGGCAUUCUGGUCUCUGAUGAAAUUCACGGUCGACGUCGCAAAAUGAUCAGUACGCUAAAGGAAGCUGAUGAUAAGGUUGCGACAAGGUCGAAACGCAAAGCCCCGAAACUGGAUGGAAUGGUUGGAACAGUGGAUAGGCCUUCGAAACGAUCAUCAAAGAAACGGGUUUUGGCUGAAGUAGCUCCAGUUUAUGAUGACAGAAAUGGAAUGCAAACUGGUGCUGCUGAUGUUCCAAAUAAAAAAAUAAAGGUCUCCCAUUCUGAAGAACCUCCAAGGAGGCAAUCGGGACGCAAUACUUCUAAACGAAAGAUCUCUCCUCGUAGCAGCUCGAAGACUGGGAUGGAUGAAACUACUGGAAUGAGUGGGCGCCGGAAGCGAUCUAGAGAUCCAGUUAUGGAGGAAUUGGCAUCAGUUUAUGAGGACAGAACUAGACUCAAGUCAGGAUUUAAAGAAUAUUCGAGGAAAUCAAGGCGAGGUACUGCCAGACAUGCAGUUCGUGCACCCAAUGAUGACAAGAAGACAACUACUGAUGAAAUUGUAGGGAAGAAAAUGACAAACAAGGUCCGAAGGAGAGGUGAAUUUGGGAAGGCGGUGAUCCAUAAAGGUUCAAAGACAUCCAAGACCCCCACUUCUAAAAUCUCUUUGGGACGAAAGAGUAGGAAGGUUGCAGGUAAGCCGCCAGUUCCUGUAUGUGAAAAUGUUGCUGAAGUUGAAACAGAAUUAGUUCCACCCGAUGCUGAGCUAUCGGCAGCAGAGCCAGUAGAAUGCAAUGUCAAAGCAGUUCCAAGCCUUUCAAGACAGACCCCCGACUUUGCGAAAGAGAAGACAAGAGCAUCUGGGAGGAAAUCUAGUAGAAAAGACCGAUCUGGCCAUGCUUAUAAGGAAAGGAGGUCAGAUGAGCCAAGCAGGGAGGUUGCGACUAUACCAUCUGAUUUAACUAAAAUUGAUGAGCUCCCAGAGUGUAAUGUGGUGGUUUCAAUGUGUGAAAAUCAGUUAGCUGAUGAUACAAAUAAAGAAAUGAAGGAUGCUCUCGGUGACUUGCCUAUUGCCAAAGAGAUGGCAGAUAAACAAUUUGGAGGGGAACAAGUGUCUGAAGCUGGGAAAUCGAUAUCACCCCAUGUAACCCCGGUCAUAACUCUGGGUGAUGGGUUCGGUCAUCAUGAGAAUGAAAAUGAGAUAUUGUCUGAGGAGAUAUUGCAGGCUGUCAAGGAUGAUCUGGCUUCUGGAUCUCACAAAAAAGGACAAAAUUCAUUUGGGCUAAAGAAUAUGGUAUCAGUAGCAAAUGAAAUGGCUAUUUCUAAGGUAAUCGAAGUGACGGAUGAAACUGCAGAAACUGCUAAAGGACUCGACUGUGGGGUUGCGGAAGUUGUAGUGGUAAAAGGAACUACUGAAGGUGUUCUAGUGUGCCAUGAGGCAUCCAGUAAUCAAGGAGUUGAUGUUGGGGCUGUAGCUGUAACGGUUUCAGAUGUCACUGAAGCAGCAAGGGGAACCACUGGAACUGUUCCAUUAGAUCUGGUGCCAGUUGAUGCUGUAGAAAUCAUAGAUGUGAAGGUAAGCAAGUGUGAUGUGGGCACAGAAGGAUUUACACCAGCAAGAGAUGCCAGCAAUAUCAUACAAAUCAAUUGUGAAGGAAUUCCUGAACCAGCAGAGACUCCAGAGGUUAAUGAAAUGGUGACAGCUGACAGGACUUCUUGUGCCAAAGGUCUCCCACCCAUUCAAGCAAUGGGAUAUAAGGAUGAAGAGCCGUCAUCAACUCAGCUGGUUGAUUCAGAAGAUUUUGAUUUGACAAAGACCCUGACUGUUCCUAAAGAGGGUGGUGUUGAAAAUCAGGAAGGUUCCAAUCACAAGUAUCCUGAACAAUUUGUGGGGGCUGAUGGAUGUGCUGAAACAGUUACUCACAAGCAUGUACUCGAUGAAGACACAGAAAUUUUUGAGAAAAACGGAGUCACUCAGACUCAUUCAGAGCAAAUUGACACGGAAGAUGUUGACAGAAAUGAAACCAAAAAUAAAAACAUUGAAGCUGCCUCAGAAGAACUUGAAGAGAGAGUUACUCACGAGCAUGUACUCGAUGAGGACAAAGAAAUUUCUGAGAAAAACGGAGUCGCUCAGACUCAUUCAGAACAAAUUGACGUGGAAGAUGUUGACAGAAAUGAAGCCAAAAAUAAAAAUAUUGAAGCUGCUUCAGAAAAACUUGAAGAGAGAGUUACACUUGAACUUGGUUUUGAGGACCACGAUGAACGUUCUCAUGGAAAUGGAAUCACUAAAACCAUUUCAGAGGAGCAUGAUACCAAUUGCUCUGAAGAAAGAUUGGGUGCAAAUGAAAUCGGCAAUGUUGCUUUACAAGAGUCCAAAGAAGCCGCUGAGACUUCUGUGAAAGAUCCAGCAGACCAGGACUCUCAAGGUGUGGAGCCGAAGGGUAAUAGUGAAGAAAAUGCUGAGGAUAGAAAUAUAGAGACUAUCGAAAAGCCUGUUGGUCAUGGAGAUGGUGACGAACCUGUGGAUGAGAAAGAAAAUCCAGGGAUGUUGGUGGAUAAGUAUCAUAGUGAAUUUGAGCAAGUUGUUGCUACCUGUAUGGAAUCUGGUGGGCCCUUAGAGUUGGGCGAAGCUGUUGAAAUGGGUGUAGAAACCAUUGACAAUGAAGAUGUUGGAGGGAAUGAUGUCUCAAACAAAAACAUUGAAGAUGCUUCAGAAAAACUUGAGGAAAGAGUUAUGCUUGAACUUGGUUCUGAGGUUCAUGAUGAACUUUCUUAUGCAAAUGGAAUUGCUAAAACCAUUUCAGAGGAAGGUGAUCCCAUUGGCUCUGAAGAAAGAUUGGAUGCUGAUGAAAUCAGCAAUGUUGUUUUAGAAGAGUCCAAGGUAGCUGCUGAAACUAUUGUGAAAGAUCCAGAAGCAGAUUGUGAAGGAGUGGAGCUGAAUGGUAGCAGUAAACAAAAUGCCGAGGAGGAGAGCAACAUGGAGACUAUGGAAGAGGCUGUUGGUCAUGGCGAUGACAUCAAACCCGUGGAUGAGAAAGGAAAUCCAGGGAUCUUGAUGGAUAAGUAUGAAAGUGAAUUUGAACAAUCUGUUGCUGCUGCUCAAAUGGAAUCUGAAGAGCCCUCGUUACAGCAAACUGUUGAAAUGGGUAUAGAAAGUGUUGCUUCUGGUCCAAGUGCUCCUUUGCCUAUUGAUGCACUGGACUCCAAAGAUUCCCCUCCAAGAAAUGAUAAAGAUUUCGAUUCCUCGAUUGAACAGGUUACCUCGGCAGAAAGGCAGGAAGAAGGAAUAAAUCCGGAAGUAAAUGUUGGCGUAGCAGCUGAAAAAAUAGCCAGCAUAGAGAGUAAUCUCUUCUGUGGUCACAAUGUAGACAUGGACACAAGAAACUCUAUGUAUGAAACCAUGAUUGAGGCUGAUGUUGGUGUGGAUGCAAGCAACACAAUCGGUGAAACUGCAAAUGAUUCUGAAUUUGUGGGAGAAGAGUUUCAUGUCAGCGGUGCUGCAGCAACGACUCUAGCGGUUGCACGGGAAAAUGAAGUUGAGUCUCUCUUGGAAGAAUAUGGGGAAGCUUCAUAUUUGGUGAAAACCCUUGAAGGAGAGGCAGAAGCACCAGACAGGUAUGUUUGGGAGGAGUUUGAUGGCGAAGCUUGGGAAGAAAUCUCUGAGGGGAGAGGAUAUGAUGAAUCCAUUCAACAAGUGGCCAGUGGUGUUGGCUCUGAAGAAAAUGUAGUGAAGCACAUGGUGAAGUUCGAUUACGAAUGUAAUACCAAGGAACUGAUAGGGGUGGAAGAGGAGACUUAUUUUGACCUACAGGUAGAGAUUGAUCAGAACCAAAAUGCAAAGACCCUGGAAGAGAGAUUAAAUUCUGAAGUUUGUGAAGAAGCUGAGGCGAAAGAAACUGCUGAUGCCAGGACAGAGAAAUCUAAUUGCCAGGAACGUGUGGAACAAGCGCCCGUGAAAUCUGAGGAACCCUCAGCAGCGCGAGAAGUUAAAGAAACAGCUUCUGGCAUGAGUUUUGAGGAAGAGUCCACCUUUGAGGAGAAACUUUCAUAUGACAAGCAUGAAGAAGGCUAGCAUCAUAUCCACAUUUGUAGCAUACAAUAACUCAAGACUGUAAACUCAGUAAACAGACGAAUGCAGUGCACGUGCACCCACGCUCAAAAGCAAGAACUGUGGUCAGGUGACUGAGGAUGCAUGGCACACAUGCCAACACGACACACAUACGUGGGAUGAGUGUUUGCAUGCAUUGGCCCAAGAUUUAGAUUGACCUAGGUUACCUAGACCAUGGGUCGCUCCCAUACAUAGUACGGGAACGGGUAUGUUCCUCCGAUGUGUGAACUGGUAUAUACAGUAGUGUUGUGUGCAAGUUGGUAUUGUAACUUGUAUAUGAAAUGAUGAAUAUUCUUAAUGUAGGUCAUGCAUGCAUAAUA